AUGGGUUUGCUGCACAUGUUCAGUUUUCUAGGCACCUCGACUGCUUCCAAGCAAAUUGCGGUUUCGGUUGUCUGCCAGGAUCCGGAAAAGGUACCAGCCCGGCCGCCACAGGUUGCCCCUCACCAACGCGUCCUGUUGCUUCGUGGCCCAAAGCAACCGUAUGUGGAAGUCUCAGAUCAUCCGACACCCUCACUCGAUGGGAACCGUGAAUUCCUGGUUCGGAACCUUGUGAUUGGCUUGAAUCCUAUUGAUUGGAAGGCACCAGAUUUUAACUUUGGCAUCCCCGAACUGCCCUAUAUAUCAGGUCGGGAGCUGGUAGGAGAAGUCGCCAUCAGCCCCAAACGAAGGUCUCGCUUCAGGCCUGGUGAUAAGGUCAUUGUCAUCUCGACAGAUUACAGAGAUCUCCGCAAAGCUGCUUACCAACAAUAUGUUGUCGCUACAGACUUCAACGCGGCGCGCCUGCCCCCCAGCCUGGCCCCGGAAGCUGGAUCAGCCUUGGGUGUGGCUUUCGUAGCGGCCGCUCUUUGUCUGGGAAUUUGCGCAGGACUCGACUUCUCCAGUAUUGCGAAUGGCCCCAAUCUUCUUUCCAUAGUGAGACAAAUUGACCCUGCACGCUUGGCACCGGACGUUAGAGACGAAUGUCUACACGGAAUCGACGAGGAGUCUCGGGCCAAGAAAGGCGACUGGCUUGCCAUCUGGGGAGGCUCCUCCACAAGCGCUUUCAUGUUGAAUCAGAUAGCCCGACUCGCCGGCCUGAGGACUAUCAGCGUUGUCGACGUACGGAAACAUGCCGUCAAACUGUCGACCAACGACAUCACCAGACCAGAUAUUGUGGUAGACAACCAUGAUCCUCAACGUGCCAUUGAUAUUGUCAGAUCGGCCACGGCCAAGCGACUUCGGUUUGGCGUCGACACCGUGGGGCGUGACACAGCAGGACAUCUGUUAGAAUGUCUACAGCAGCAUUAUGCGAACGAGAGCGACCCAGAACCAACAACACCUUCGACACCGUCAUCUGCGCAUCUCAUAGGUCUGACAGGCCUCCCCAAAAGCUCGCCCCCCGCCAACCUCACUUUCCACAACGUACCAUUCAAAUUGUUUCACGAAAUCCCGGAGUUGGGCGAAACCCUGAUGCUAUGGUUAGAGCGAUUACUGUCGACCGGACUUCUGGUCCCGCCUAAGAUCCUGGGUGUGGAGGAAGGCUUUGGCGCAGUGAAUCAGGCAUUGGACCGCAUGAGAAGAGGUGAAGUGAGUGGUGGAAGGCUGGUUGUCCGUCUCCCCUGA